GUAAGAAGCUGAGACCCGCCGGCGUGUUUCUCCUGGCAGCAGAACCUUCCAGGCGGCGGCGCUGGGGUGCAGCCGGCCCGGCCGGAGGGACGGACCUGACGGACCGCGGGGCGGGGCGGAGGCGGAGACGCCGCGUAGGCCGGGCAGGCCGGGCGGCCGGGCUGGGAGCGAGAGCUCCAUGUCCAGCUGUGCCUCCCCACGAUGUUGCCCUCCCGGAGGAAAGCGGCGCAGCUGCCCUGGGAGGACGGCAGGGCCCGGCUGCUUCCUGGAGGCCUCCGGUGGAAGUGCUCCAUCUUCCACCUCUUCAUUGCCUUUCUCCUGUUGGUCUUCUUCUCCCUGCUCUGGCUGCAGCUCAGCUGCUCUGGAGACAUGGCCCAGGUGACCAGGGGACAAGGGCAGGAGACCUCGGGCCCACCUCGGGCUUGCCCUCCAGAGCCGCCCCCUGAGCACUGGGAAGAGGAUGCGUCUUGGGGACCGCACCGCUUGGCAGUGCUGGUACCCUUCCGGGAACGCUUUGAGGAGCUCCUGGUCUUUGUGCCCCACAUGCACCGUUUCCUAAGCAAGAAAAAGAUCCAGCACCACAUCUAUGUGCUCAACCAGGUGGACCAUUUCAGGUUCAACCGGGCAGCACUCAUCAAUGUGGGCUUCCUGGAGAGCAGCAACAGCACAGACUACAUUGCCAUGCAUGACGUGGAUCUGCUCCCUCUCAAUGAGGAGCUGGAUUAUGGCUUCCCGGAGGCUGGGCCCUUCCACGUGGCCUCCCCAGAGCUCCACCCUCUCUACCACUACAAGACCUAUGUGGGCGGCAUCCUGCUGCUCUCUAAGCAGCACUACCAGCUGUGCAAUGGGAUGUCCAACCGCUUCUGGGGCUGGGGCCGAGAGGAUGAUGAAUUCUACCGGCGCAUCAAGGGAGCUGGCCUCCAGCUUUUCCGCCCCUCAGGAAUCACAACUGGGUACCAGACAUUUCGCCACUUGCAUGACCCAGCCUGGCGGAAGAGGGACCAGAAACGCAUUGCGGCUCAGAAACAGGAACAAUUCAAGGUGGACCGGGAGGGCGGCCUGAACACUGUGAAGUACCGGGUGGAUUCCCGCACAGCGCUGUCUGUAGGAGGGGCCCCCUGCACUGUCCUCAACAUCAUGUUGGAUUGUGACAAGGCAGCCACCCCAUGGUGCAUAUUUGGCUGAACUGGCUGAACAGUAAGGAAGCCUGUGCUUCCAGACCUCAGUGCUGCUCAGGCUCAGGAAACCUCAGGCCUUAGGCCCAGCUCGAGAGGAUGCAGAGUGACCUGAAGGACUAGCCAGCCAGCCCUGUAUCUACAGCCACCUGGGCCAGCCCUCCAUAGCUGCAGCCACCUGGCCCCAGCCAGGCUCGAGACAGGACACAGGGAGUUCUGGGAUGCUGCAGGAAAAUCGCCAGAGAAGUUGGAGGUGUGGCUUGACAGGGAUUCUCCACCCAGCCUUCCUGCCCACCCUGCUCUUCCUGACUGCCCACGCUGAGGCCUGAGGCCAAGAAAGAUGGCUGGAGCUGUCCUAGCCCUUCUGUUCCUUGGGAAGAGCAGCCUCACGCAGAUGUAGUCAGAAGCCGCGGGGCCAGUGUGUAUGGCAGUUGCUAUUAGGAGGCUUAGAACUUAAAGCAGAAUAUAGCCCCGAGCAAAGGAGCAGCUAAAACUAGCUUUAGCUGGUUGUCAUCCCUGAAGAAACGGGGUUGGCGGUGGGCCAUUUGUGCCACCAGAUCUCACUUUUCAAACGAAACUAGAAUGCUGGAUUCUUACGCAGAAUUUUCUGAUUUUUAAAUGGUAGCAGCUAACUAAAACUUUCAAAGGCUAUGGCAGGUCAAACAAAAUGUUUUGUGGACCACUGGUUUGUCACCUUUGUUGACCAGACGGGGUGCAAAAGAUGACACUGUAAAGAUUUUUCGGCCCAAUAAGCCUUUUUGCCGAUGCAAUAGUCCAAAUCAGAUCAAAUCAAACCAAAUUAGAAAAAGCCCAGGUUUACAGUUUGCCAGCGCUCCUGGGUGGCCCUCCAGGAGGGGGAAGGAGAACCGGAAAGACCAUGUGUUCAGUGUGUGUGUGUCCCCUCUCUGUGGCGGGCUUUCUCGGAGGUGGAGUCUGGAUUGUGGCAACUCCCAGGGGAGGGGGCUUGGAAUGGAUUUUCCACCAAACAUUCCAAAGUGGAUGCCAGGGGGCUGGGGUGACGCUUCCAACCAGACAGACACCUUUCACUUAUACACCGGCAGGGAGCUGGACUGGGGCAGGGGUGAAGGUGGCAGGUGUAGGUGGGAAGAAAAGCCAAAGGCACAGGUUCCUACACUUCCUUCCCGGCUCCCAAGCUCGCUUUACCCUGGGAUGGUGAGUCACUUCUGUCUGCUUGCUGCUUCAUCCUGCCUUCCUGGGAAGAAAGGUGACUGGGGAGGCGGGAGUGCCGACCCUGGCUGAGGGUGGACAGGACAGCCCGGACGGCACUAUGUUCCUGGGGUGGGAGAGACUGAGGAGACACUGCAGAAUCCCUAGAGCGUUCUGGCUGGAAUGAAGGUGUAUGCUGAAGGAGAGCGUGGGACUUGGGAGGGGUUUGGGAGGAAACCUAGUGUUAACCCCGCUAGGAGAGAACGAGGCCACUACCACAAUUUUUUGAGCCAAAUUUGAGGCCAGCUUUAUUAAAUGCUGGCCAGGACAGUGGACACUGGCAAGGUCCAUACUUGGGAUUCGCAGAGUAUGGCACAGGAUUACAUUUUUUGCUUGUAAAGACACAUCCUACAAGGCUAUGAACUCCCACCUUCGUCCAAUCACGGGCAAGCACACAUCCUGUGCAGUUGGGGCAACCAAGCUUGUUUACUGAAGUGAUAAUGCUGGGCUGGUUAUCUUGCGUGCACAGCUUUCCAGGAAGUAAUCUGUCCUUGGGCAAGUGGGGCUUGCAGAUUAGAGGCAUUUCUGUUUUUGAGAUCUCUUAAGCACAGUAAUUUAGACUUAAAACAAAAUGUUAGCCUUCACACCCAGCACCAACAGAGGAGAAAAUGAGUGUGGUUCCACAAUGCAGUCCUCUAGCAACGUGUGCCUCACCCUGGGAGCAGGAGCUAAAGGGGCAUUUGGUGCAGUUAAGGUGGUUGGUUUAACAUUGGGACACCCAAAGGGCUGUGGAAAGAAUGGGCUGCAUCCAGUUGAGAGGGUAGAAUCCACAGCUUCGGUUCAAAGACUUGGGAUGGUUUCGGGCCUGCUAUGUGCAGUUGGGAAGACUGCUUGUGUACUGCACAACCUGAUUUCAGGCUGGGGGUGGGCGGUGCGUGAAGCUUCAGGUUCCAAAGUCUAAUUUGGGGUCAUUGUGAUUCUAACUUGAGGCUGCCAGGAACUGAGCCUCACCCACUGCAGUGAGACACCUGACUGGCUUACAGUACAGGCUGUGGAGACAGAGAGGCCUUGCCUCUGAGCUCUGGUCUUCUCAGCUUGGGUUUAUGUGACCUGGGUAAUGACUCACGCCCCUUGGAAUGUGACAGCAAAGCCCUCAGUUCUGCAUCUACCUGGCAUGUAGAAGAAACUGAAAAGGUGAGGGUCCUAUCUAUCUGUGCCCGUGGAAGAAAGGCCAAGAUGAUGCUCUCUCUGCUCCACAGUCCCUGUGGCUGCUGUCAUCACCAUUGUGCUGGUGGGCACCCCUGGCAGGAGCUGAUGCACCCCCCCCCCCCAUCUGCAGCCUCCCUUCCUUGCUUCCAAUUCUCUCCCAUUCCUGCAGGAUGGAAGUGUUGAACCCUGGUAGGCCGGGGUGAAGCAGGUGACAGUCUGCCUCUGUUUUCUCUGCCACUUUAUGCACUGGACCCAGCUAACAUUCCUACCUUGUUACUGGGGAUGCGGAUAAAAUGUGCCAGGACAUAAGCUUGCCUGGCUGGUGUGGGUGGGAGAGCAAUUGCUACUUCUCUACCUCUGUUAGGGUUUUCUAGCGGAAAAGAACUGAUAGAAUGAAUCCAUAUAUAUUAAACAAGGACUUACUAGAGUGACUUACAGGCUAUGAUCCAGUUAGUCCAAAAAUGGCUGUCUCUGAAGAAUCUGAUAGUUGUUCAGUCUGUUGGGAUUCCAAAGAAGUAGGUUCUAAUACCAGCGAAGGAGUGCCGCAGCAGGAUGAUGAACUUUCCAGCAUGAGUGAGGGCAAAAAGCAAAGUGUCCUUCCAUGCCCUUUUAUGUACGCGCCACAAGAAUUUGUGGCUGUGAUUUGGGGUGUGCCUUCCUGCUUCAAAUCUGCAAAGUCCUCACAGGAGUGGCCAGUCACUUGGAUUUUAGUGAAUGGUCAUCAUACUACCUAAGAGCUAAGUGUUUAUUUCUGUAUUGAUGUCAAAGCAGGGGCAUACAGAGGCAAGGAGUUUACUUGACUUACAGGUGACAAAUGCUGGGGCUUGGGAUGGAACUCCCUGGUCUCCACUCCAGAGCUUACAUGACAAGUGCCCCAGCCUCCUAUCCUUGAGGACUUCCUGCCUUCUCGGUGGGAGAGGGCCCACCGGGAGGGCUGCCACAGUGGGAUGAAAGCUGGCCACAGGAGAUGCAGAGUAUUGGGCCCCACGGCUCUUCUGUCUCAAGGAAGAUGAUUGGUUUGACCAGCAGGGAGGUCCCUUGAGCUGACAGCCUGCCCAGAGCACUGCACGGUGAUGACUAGCAAACCUGGGGAAGGCUUGCUGGUGGAGUGGGAGUUGGCAGAAUGAGGAAAGCUUCUAGGGGAAUCUACAUGCACAGAGGGGCUGGAGAGAGCACUGGGCUCAGGAACCAGAGAGAGGUUCUUUCCAGCCUCCAGCCUCCCCGCUCCCUCAGCGUCAGGAGGAUGGGCAGAGGGAAGGCCAUAGUGAGUCACGAUCUGGGAAUGCCACACUAAGCAAUUGGUUUUUUGAUUCUAGAGGUGCACGGUUUUCACACAGAAUCUGGGCAGAUUUUGAUCCGUGUUCUAGAGAUCAUUUGAGAUUUAAUAAUCCAGGGUAAGGACUGGGCAUGGUGGCACACACCUUUAAUCCCGGGACUCGGGAGGCAGAGGCAGGCAGAUCUCUGAGUCUGAAGCCAGCCUGGUCUGCAGAGUAAGUUCCAGGACAGCCAGGGCUACAUAGAGAAACCCUGUCUCUGAAAAAAUAAAAAAAUCUAUUUUUCUUUCUUUCUUUUUUUUUUUUUAAGAUUUAUUUAUUAUGUAUACGGUAGUCUCAAUACUCUGCCUGCAGGCCAGAAGAGGGCACCAGACCCCAUUACAGAUGGUUGUGAGCCACCAUGAGGUUGCUGGGAAUUGAACUCAGGACCUUUGGAAGAGCAGGCAGUGCUCUUAACCACUGAGCCAUCUCUCCAGCCCCCAAAAAUCUAUUUUUCUCAGACACAGUGUGGCACAUGUUUUUAGUCCCAGCACUAGGGAGGCAGAGGUAGGUGGAUCUCUGUGAGUUCAAGGCCAGCCUGUUCUACAUAGUAAGUUCCAGCACAGCCAGAGCUACAUAGUGAGACCCUGUCUUAAAAUGCUGCCCCUCCGAUUUAAAGAAAUCUAUUUUUCUGUUAUGUGUUGAUAUUUCUAUUCUUUGGAAAUUUUAUGCAUGCAGACAAUGAAAUAUGAUCAUAUGCAUUCCCAUUUCCCCUCCAACUCCCUCUGUAUCCCCAAACACCUGCCCCUCUUGGCUUUAUGACUUUUUUCUUUUUUGUAUAUUCUUUCUCAUUUUUAAAUUUGAUAACUCACUAAAUCCAAUUAGUAUAACUCACAUGUGCAUGCGGGCUGGGGGGCAUCCACCGGAGUAGGGAAACCACUGUUGUCCACACCCUCAAAGAAUGAUUUCUCUUCCCCAGCAGCUAUCAAGUACCAAAAGCUCCUCGUUGUAAGAUGAGACUUGGAGAUCAUCUACCCUGUCUAUGUGGGCUGUUAGUUGGCUUGCUCACGUGUAGAUCGUGUUCAGGUAACCACAGCUGCUGUGAGUCCAUGGAUGAAUGCAAGGGCCACUCCUUCCCAUUUAGCAGGGGACGGGGGGAGGACAGCAGUUAU